AUGUCGUUGGAUGAGGACUUCUGUUUUCCUUUCCCAAGAAUCAGUCUCCGAGCCGCCGAAACGACUUUAAUUGUUCAACAAGUGUGGCUUCUGGGCACAAGAGAUGUCAAACGAGCAAUAAAGCGGCAGCACAAACCCAAUGCUAGAACUGCAUCCCUGGUCUCCACCUGCCAGGCCCUCAGAAAAUAUCGCUACUGGCCCCUGAGGAAACGCAAAGCCUUGGCCAAGAACAAUAUACUGAAGAACUAUGCGCACUGUAUGGCAAGCAAGCUCACUGCUCGUGCUUUGGCUAUGCUUUCCCUUCUUGCCUGGCAUUUUGACUCGAAAAUGGUGCCUCUCCCCCGGAGGCUUCUCAUAUUCUUCGCCGACCCCUACAAAAAGUUUGACACAGUGUGCCGAUCUAUCCACCUCAGCUACACGAAGAUGUAUGGACCGGAUACGUUGGUAAACUUCUCGAGAAGAUUGAGGAAACUGUUAGGGCUAUUGGAAUGGCACGUGAUCAAAGGCGACGCGGUCUUGUAUACAUAG